AUGUUGGGGAUGCCAGUUGCUGUUGUCUCAGGAGCUAGCCAUGCCACUAUCGGUGGAAGCCCUGGAAUCUGCAUGGAGGAAUCUGCUCUGGUAAGGGCUACCUCAGAAAUUAGCUAUGCCAAAGGACUGGAAAAGCUGGCUAACAAGCUUACCAAAGCUUUGGACAAGAUGAAGCUGAAGUACUAUUCCUGCUCUCACCGUGAAGUUCCAGGUGGCGGUGGUGUGCAGCAUAGUAACAACCAGGAAAUUCUGAGCAAACUUGGCAAAGCAAUUCAGUUAGAAUCAAUAAACUCAACUAAUCAUAUAUUGGAUGAACAUUGAAAAAAAGAAAAAAGCCUAGAUAAUGCAGUUGAAAAGUCAGCAAAACUGGUAGUGAACAACUGGAGCCAACAAAAGAAGGCCAAGAGGAAAUGAAUGCGGUUUACCAAGGAACGUGAAGCACUCUUCCGUUGUGUAGAAAACACCAAGCAAUUUGCUACAGGGAAGAAGCAGCAGAAGUUGCUCAGAAGGCUAGAAAAAUCAGCAACAAAAAUGACAAAGGAAGAUGAAGAUUAUUUUCAAAAAAAUAUAUCUGGCUACGAAACUAGACUGACUUGGGAGACAGCUUUAGAAAAUAGCUAUCAAAGUAUUCUAGACCUGGAGAAGGAAAGAUUGCAGCUUCUGUGCAAUAUCCUAAAUACUUAUAACCAGCACCUUUCCCAUUUUGGACAAACAUUAUUCUCGUGUCACACACAGAUUCAUAGUGCCAUAAGUCAGGUGGAUGCUGAAAAGGACAUUCAGACUUUACUGGAAGAAAUGUCAGUGUUCUCUCCUGAAACCAAAUCUGAGUUCUUAUUAAUGGAUUAUUAUGAGGAAGAUUUUACAAAUGGAAUGGAUAAAGCAAGACAAAAAGCUUCAAUCAAAGCAAAAGUGCUGCGAUUGCAGAAGGAUCUAAACAAGGCAGCACAGGAAAAAGAAGGUCUGGAGCAGAUGCUUAAAACAUACACAGAGACCCCCUGAUUUUCAGAUGUAAAGAACCAGAAAGACACGGCUGUGCUCCUGGAGCAGACAAGUCUAAAAACAAGCCUUUUGCGAGCAAACAGCUGCAAACUAUCCACAGUACUUGCAGAACUAGAGCAGAAGCGUAAGCCCACACAUCCCUGGAGCGACUGUAUCUCCAACUGGAAAGAGAGGGACUGUGCACAUAGUUCUGUCCUCAUCUCUUGCUGUGUUAAAAUGAAACGAUUUGAGCACACCUCGAGCAGAGGGGCUGCCAGUGGGCCGGGGAAUAACUCAAGAUUUCUGCCAGGAGACAGCAAUCCAGCAAAUGGGAUCUGCAAGACUUUGUAUGACUAUCAAGCUAAAAGUGAUGACGAGCUAAGUUUGCAAAAAGAAUACAUUAUCAUUCACCAGAAGGAUAAUAAUGGAUGGUGGUAUGGGACCCUUAAGGAGAGAAACGGUCUCUUUCCUGCUACAUAUGUGGAAGAGUUCCCUAUUUCCACAGAUGAAACAUCCUCAGAAGCAUAAGAAAAUAAUUAAGAUCACUGAGGUGCCUAAAGACCAUAUUUCUUUAAAUUGUUCAGUUUGUUAAAUAAUCAAGGUCUUUUCCUUGCCAAUGUGAUACAUAUCAGAAGUGAAAUCUGCCCAGUGUUGCUUGAGUUUGCCUUCAGUCUUUUGUUGAACCAAGCGUACUGGCACAUUUCUCUCCACUGAUGGUAGAGCCGGAGUGUGAUCGUUUCUAUUAUUGUAAGCCUUUAUUAAAAGGCAAAGUGAUUGCUACUUUACUCUUGGGCUAAGUUUUUGAAUGAAUAGAAAUACCUCUAUUAAUGUAGUACCCUGAUUCUUUUGGAAGCUUUUAAAUGCAGGAGUCAAAUCCUUUGAGGGUAAAUUUAGCAUAGCCUAUUGCA